AUGUCGUCCCAAGCCAGCCAUCUCCCCACCCUAGACCAUCUUGUCGUCCUCGUGUCUUACAACACUCUGGAGAGCUUAACCAGCCGCCUUAAAGAUUUAUUCACAGUCGCCCCGGGUGGUAAACACUCCAACGGGCUUACGUCGAACAAACUAGUCCUCUUCCAAGACGGGGUCUACAUUGAAUUCAUCGCCUUUUACGACAACAUCGACCCCGAAAAACGUCGAAGCCAUCGCUGGGGAAACCUCCGCGAGAAUAGCAUCAUCGAUUGGGCAUUCACAUAUCCCCCCAACAAUGACUUCAAUGCGGUCAGAGACCGCGUCGCAAGUACAAAUACACAGAUAUCAUACGAGGAGCCAGCGGAAUGGAGUCGAGAGAGAGAUGAUGGCGUGAUUCUCGAGUGGACACUUAGCACGGCAAAUGGGCCACCCGAUAGCCCGAUCUCACCAGGCCAGCUACCAUUUUGGUGCCUCGAUACAACGCCCAGGUCGCUGCGUGUUCCUUAUAAAGAGUCGCCUCGGUUGGCUCAACACCCAUCGGGCGUCCAAGGUGUUGCUUCGCUAGAACUGGCUGCCGACUCUGGUGAUAUCGACCGUCUGACAAAGGUAUACGAAGCCUUGUCUGUCCCAACAGCACCAGGUGGUCGAACUUGGAGUUACAGUGUGCCCGAGGGCCAACAAGCUGGUACUAUCUCUUUGGGGGACACUCUCGGGGAGUGGUCAAUUACUUUGACGUUGAGUGGAAUCGACUCCAGGCAGAUUGAGCCAUUGCCUGGACUUGUGUUUGAAAUUAAGGAGUAA